AUGACACUGCUGACUGAAAGCAGCCGCCUCCUGGGCAAGUUAGGGCGAGACGCGUGGAAGAAGUCUCCACCCAUCGUGCCCGCUCAUUGGCCAGAUCUGGUGGGCGGCUGUGUUUCGAUUGGCCGGGGGGCGGUGUCUGUCCCUGGCCAUGGUGGGGGCGGGGCCAGCGCCGCGCUGAGCUUGCCCUUGUGUCUGGUGCUCUGUAGAGCUGCCGCCGCCGCCGCCGCUGCCGCCGCCGCCGCCGCCGCCGCCGCCGCCGCCACUGCCGCCGCCACUGCUGCUGCAGCCGGAGCAGCCGCCGCCGCCGCCGCCGCCGCCGCCGCUACCGCCACUGCCACUCGCGCUUCCUCCUCCGCUACCACCUGCCCUGCUCGGAGCCCGAAACACGCUGAGCGAGAGCGGCGGCCGCUGCUUGCUUGCUCCCCUCGGGCCCCCCCACCCGCCCCUCUCUCCGUGACCUCCCCACUCCUUGCAGCCCUCGCCCGCACCUUCCACGACACCCCCCUCGGCAGCCCUGCACCACCUGCUCGGGCAGCCUCGGCGGCCGCCGGGACUUGGCUGCGCGCGCCCCGAGGCAAGGCGAAGCCCCCGGAGCCCCCGUUUUCCAGCCCGGGCGGCCGGGACUGUCGCGGCAGCAGCGCCCGCCGCAGGAGCGGGGAACGAAAAAAAGAAAAAGAAAAAAAACUCUUUCGCCCGGCGACAGCCCCCUUCUUCGGCUCCGGGCGGCCGCCUGGGCGCCGUGGCUGGCUGCCGCCGCCGCCGCUCCGCGGGUUCGAGGACCGCCGCCGCGGCGAGUGGAGCGCGGGGGCCGCGGGCGCCGCACUCGGGUGCCCCGCUCCGCAGCAUCACCCCGACUGCCCCAGCCCGCGCCCGGCCAGCCCGCCCGCACGCCUGCCCGCCUGCCCGCCUGCCCGCGCCCGGAGGGACCAUGAUCUGGAAACGCAGCGCCGUGCUCCGCUUCUACAGCGUCUGCGGGCUCCUGCUACAAGGUAAGAACACUCUCCAUUCUGGUAUAAUAAGACUUCAUCAAGGUAAAAAUAAGAAAAAUGGUAUCGCUAUGUCUUACAGAAAUGACUAAUAGGUAAUUGCAUGUGUGAAUUUAAG